AUGUCAUCAAUUGGUAUUGAUUUAGGUACAACAUAUUCAUGUGUUGGUGUUUGGCAAAAUGAUCGUGUUGAAAUUAUUGCAAAUGAUCAAGGUAAUAGAACCACUCCAUCUUAUGUUGCAUUUACUGAUACAGAACGUUUAAUUGGUGAUGCUGCAAAGAAUCAAGUUGCAAUGAAUCCAACCAAUACAGUAUUUGAUGCUAAACGUUUAAUUGGUCGUAAAUUUAGUGACAAAGAAGUUCAAAGUGAUAUGAAACAUUGGCCAUUCAAAGUUAUUCCAAAGGAUGGUGAUAAGCCACAUAUUCAAGUUGAAUUCAAAGGUGAAACUAAAGUUUUCUCACCAGAAGAAAUCUCUUCAAUGGUACUCUUAAAAAUGAAAGAAACCGCUGAAGCUUAUCUUGGUAAAACCAUUAAUAAUGCUGUAAUUACCGUUCCAGCUUAUUUCAAUGAUAGUCAACGUCAAGCAACCAAAGAUGCUGGUACAAUUUCAAAAUUAAAUGUUCAACGUAUUAUUAAUGAACCAACUGCUGCUGCUAUUGCUUAUGGUUUAGAAAAGAAAGGUUCUGGUGAAAAGAAUAUUUUAAUUUUCGAUUUAGGUGGUGGUACAUUUGAUGUUUCUCUCCUUACCAUUGAAGAUGGUGUAUUUGAAGUUAAAGCCACCGCUGGUGAUACUCAUUUAGGUGGUGAAGAUUUUGAUAAUCGUCUCGUUUCUCACUUUGUUGAUGAAUUUAAACGUAAACAUAAAAAAGAUAUUAUGGGUAAUCAACGUGCUGUUCGUCGUUUAAGAACUGCUUGUGAACGUGCCAAAAGAACUCUUUCAUCAUCUGCUCAAGCUUCAAUUGAAAUUGAUUCACUCUUUGAAGGUAUUGAUUUCUAUACUUCAAUUACUAGAGCACGUUUUGAAGAACUCUGUGCUGAUCUUUUCCGUGGUUGUUUAGAUCCAGUUGAAAAAGUAUUAAAAGAUAGUAAAUUGGAUAAGAAAUCAAUUCAUGAAAUUGUUUUAGUUGGUGGUUCAACUCGUAUUCCAAAGGUACAACAAUUAUUACAAGAAUUUUUCAAUGGUAAAGAAUUGAAUAAAUCAAUUAAUCCAGAUGAAGCUGUUGCUUAUGGUGCCGCUGUACAAGCUGCAAUUCUUUCAAAUGAAGGUGGUGCUAAAGUUGCUGAUCUUUUAUUGUUAGAUGUUGCACCAUUAUCAAUGGGUUUAGAAACUGCUGGUGGUGUUAUGACAACUCUUAUUCCAAGAAAUACAACAAUUCCAUGUAAGAAAACUCAAACCUUCUCUACAUACUCUGAUAAUCAACCAGGUGUAUUAAUUCAAGUUUAUGAAGGUGAACGUGCUAUGACCAAAGAUAAUAAUUUAUUGGGUAAAUUUGAACUUUCUGGUAUUCCACCAGCACCAAGAGGUGUACCACAAGUUGAAGUUACAUUUGAUGUUGAUGCAAAUGGUAUCUUAAAUGUAUCAGCUGAAGAUAAAUCAACUGGUAACAAACAAAAGAUUACAAUUACCAAUGAUAAAGGUCGUCUUUCAAAAGAAGAAAUUGAAAAAAUGGUUGCUGAUGCAGAGAAAUUCAAACAACAAGAUGAACAACAAAAAGAUCGUGUUGAAUCAAAGAAUAAAUUGGAAAAUUAUGCAUUCACUGUUAAAAAUUCAAUUAAAGAUGAAAAAGUUGCAGCCAAAAUUUCAGAUUCAGAUAAAUCAACUAUUGAAUCUGAAACUGAAAGUGUACUCAAAUGGUUAGAAUCAAAUCAAACCGCAGAAAAGGAUGAAUAUGAAGAUAAGAUGAAAGCCUUAGAAGCAGUUGUCAAUCCAAUCAUGAGUAAACUCUAUCAAGAAGGAGGUAUGCCACAAGGUGGUGGUAUGCCAGGUGGUAUGUCAAAUGAUUCACCAAAGAGUUCAAACAACAAAGUAGACGAAUUAGAUUGA